AUGGGGGAUCCAAACACUGUGGAGCUGCGCCCUAUCGACGAAGACCACAGCGAAAGGGACAAAAAAGAGGAAAAUGUAGGUGAUGGGAAGAAAUAUCAUCGAAGGAAGGAAAGCUUAAACAAGAGGAAGGAGAAUGCACAUGAUUUACAUAGUGAUGACACACAGGGAGGUCAAUCAAGGGGGCACAGCGAUGUGCAUAAGAGGAGGCAAAAUGACCACCACCGUAGAGAUGGUUCAUGGGGUGGUAGUGCACAGACGACCAAGGGUGAAGACGGCGCAUCAGCGAAUCAAACUUCUAACGAGGCUGCUAAUGAAGCUACCAGCGCAAAUGCCAACGAAGCAGCUGCGGACACAGUCCGAGCGAGGGAACGGCGAAGCCACGGGCCUAACGAGGGGCAAGACAGCUCCACGUGCGCUGACCUUGAUGAAGAAACCAAGUUCAUGGAGAACUGGGAAGAAACACAGAAAAGGCUGUACGAUCCAACCAUAGGGUUAAGGAAGCACUACACAAAUGAACUACUCUCAUGUGGAGAAAAAAAUAACGUACGUGUAUUGGAGAAGUGGUCAUCUAUGAUCAACAGAGACAUCAACUGGUUCAUGAAGACACACAGAACGACCUUCCUAAGGAGAGUGAAAAGAGGGAUCCCACAAAAAUAUAGGUGGAAAGUCUGGUUCCAAAUAACCAACAGUAAAAUUCUGCUCAACAAAUAUCAAAAAAAAUAUUAUUUUUUAUCCAAAAAAAAAUCAAAUUAUACCAAUUUGAUAAUGAUAGAUAUAUCAAGGACCUUUCCCGAGUUAUUAAUAUUCGAUAAGUAUGCUCAGGAGCAGCUGUUUCGCAUUUUAAAUGCAUAUUCAAAUGUGGAGCCGUCUGUAGGGUACUGCCAAGGGAUGAAUUUCCUGGUAGGACUCCUACUCAUAGUAAGCAAUUUUAAUGAAAUCGAAACCUUUUGUGUUCUAGUUAGUCUCAUGAAUAAUUAUCACCUGAAGGAAUUUUAUAAAGAAAAAUUUCCUCUACUUAAUAGAUAUAUAUAUUUAUUUGAGAAAAUAUUACAAUGUGAAGUUCCCGACUUGGUUGAUCAUUUUAAUCAAGAAGAAGUGUUUCCUCCUGUGUACCUACACCAGUGGUUACUAACACUAUUCAUUGCUAGUCUCCCGAUCAAGAGUGUUAUAGUUAUAUGGGACUACCUAUUCAGUACCAGCAUAAAAACCAUUCUUAUGAUCUCAGUUGCUCUGUUGAAAAUAUUAAAAAGCUACUUAAUGAAACAUAAAUUUGAAAAAAUUUUAAAAUUAUUAAAAUCAUUAAAGUAUAAUGAAAGCAACGAUGAUAUUCUCAUUGCAAAAUUAUUAAUAAAAAAAUCAGAAUCCGUUAAUUUAAAUCCUGAACUUAGUUUCCUCUUUGAUAAUAUUGAGAGGGAAGAUAUUCCCUUUGAUGGACAAUUCAAAUUUUUCAUUGAAGAUAUAAACACUUGCCAUUUUACCCAUGUGCAAGAAGAGCCUGCCCCCAAUGGUACUACAGGAGUAACUGAUGGCACAAACGUGGAUCAGACUGGCCCAGCCAAUUCCACUCCUCCAGGAAAUUUCACCCCAGGGGUUUUUUCCCCUGGAAGCUUCACUCCAGCCAGUUUUAGCCCGUCCAAUUUUUCCGCCCUUGACGGAGUUCCCCUCCUGAACUUUUUCUCAAACCGGGUUCUUAAAAGGGACAGCCUAGCAGAGCGUCAAGGGGAGAGGAAAUUGUCUCAGGGAAAGGCGGCUAGGGGACAUAGUCGCACACCCCAGGGGUCUCCAAAACUGCAGAGAAUUAAAGAACAAGAUGCGAAGGAGAUGACCCCGUCGUGCAAAUGCGAUCGGAGGGGAGAAGAAGAAAAGCAAAAACAACAUAGUGAAUAUGAGGAGGAUAUACAAAAUGGGGAGGACAAAUCGAAGAACGCACGAGACAGGAAUAACAUGAACACGUUUUACUACAAAAUUUUAAGCAGCAAUGAAAAGAAUUUGAAGAAAACAAAAAAUGAAACCGUGACUAGCCAAAAUAGUAGCAACGACACGGGAAAUGACAUUUUCAGCAAUUCGACCAACCAGUCUCAUCGGACCCAUCAUGUGAAAUCGUCAAGUGUUCCCAGGUCACUCCCCAUCGCAGGAAGCAAAUGGAAAACCAUCAACAUGAACAGUACCACUGGGGAGUACUACGCCGCAGCGAGGGGAAGGCAGUCACUCCGCAGUAUGAAUAAAAAAGGCUCAAAGGGUGAAAAGAUGAAUCUCCAAAAGGGAAUUUUAUCAACCCCGGUUGAUUCCUUCCCAAGCAGUUACGAAGAGAAGAAGCAUACGCAACUGAAUUGUGAUGGGAGUGAAGGGGCAGCGAGGGAGAACCAUCAAAAGUCACUCAAUUCUGCGCAGAAAGAAAGCACCACCGAUGAGAGAAGCCACUCGAGCCAUGCAGGUAGUAAUGAACCUGGCCAGGCAACCACUUCAAGCAGUGCGCACAGAGGGAAGGACGUCACCGAAGACAAUGCAAAGGCUAACGCGCACACCUGUGAAAUGUACGGCAGUAAUGUAAGCGAAGAAAAUUUGUCUAGCUUCAACCUAGCCGGACAACAGAUUAUUAAAAGUAAAAAGAAAGGGCGCCAUAACCGUGGCAAGGGUGAAAAACGCUGUGAUGAACAAAGUGGUUGUAGAGGGGAACAUCAGUUCGAUGAAGAGGACGAGGAAACAGACCAACAUGUGUUAUGCAAAAGUGACUCCUUCGUCGAAUUCAAUAGAAGAAAGAAAUUUGAUUCACACGGGAAGAAGCAGGACUCGGGAGAAAAAUACAAUUUGCUUCAAGGAAAAUGCGUACCUUAUCGUAAUGCAAAUGGAAAUGAAAAGGAUGCAAUGAGGAACAAUUCUUCUGGGUGCACCUCCCUGGAGGAAAAUGUACAAACAAAACAUUUUAGACUUAGUAAAGAAAGGAAAAGUCUCACAGGCAGCUUAAAAAGACACGCAUAUUACCAUAAUCCAAAUGACACCAACAAUGAGUGCUACUACCCCUUUAGGGAAAACUCCUCCCCGAGGGAUGAAGAAGAAGGCUACUGGCUAAAGGAUGAUGACAACCCAGCAGAAGAAAGCAUCAUCACGGGAAGGGUUAAACAAUUUGAAAAAAAAAUGAAUGAAGAGGAGGAACAUGAAAUUAAUAACGCCAAGGAGAUACGCAGGACGAACAAAGGAGUAGAAACAGAUGAAAGUAAAAAGGAAAAAAAAAAAAAAAAAAAAAAAUUGAAUGCAAGUCAACGUGCUGAAAAUAAAAAGCCAGAUGACCAAAAUGAAGAAGACCACGACGAUGAAGCAGAAGAAGAAGAGGAGGAAAGCAUUUUCAGCAUUAGCCAAUAUAUUAACCCGGAGGAUAGCGAAAAGAAACAAAACAGUGAGGAAAAAAAUAAUGCACUAGGAAUCUUUAAUUUAAUACACUCCUACGCCAAGGACAGUAGCUGGUUUGACGUUUCUUCAAUAAAUAAAUAUUACCAGUUUGGAAAAAACACUGGGGACAUGGAGUUGGAUGACAUAAACGCAGAUAACGAAGGGGAGAACAACAAGGGGCGCUAUGCACAGGGUUGA